AUGAGUUCUCCCAAUUUCGGCAAGACUGCUUUUGUUACUGGUGCAAAUGGCAUCACCGGGUACGCUAUUAUCGACCAUCUCAUACGCCUCCCCAAGGAUGAGUGCACCAGCUUUAACAUGUCUGGCAGGAGCAAAAUUAUCAUCACAUCUCGGCGUCCUAUCAAGACUGCCUUGAUCGAUCCUCGAGUACAAUUCAUCGCGUUGGACUUCCUCGACCCUGUGGACGAAAUCAUUACCAAGAUGAAGCCCCUCUGUGACGAAGUGACCCAUGCGUUCUUUGCGUCAUAUGUCCACUGUGACGAUUUCAAGUUGCUUCGUGAGAAGAACGUUCCCUUGUUCCGCAAUUUCCUCGAUGCGGUGGAUAGAGCAUGCCCAAUGCUGAAGCGGGUCUGCCUGCAGACGGGUGGAAAAUAUUACGGCGUCCAUCUAGGGCCUGUCAAGGUGCCCUUGGAGGAGUGGUUUCCGCGGUACGAGGAUGGAGGUUACAAUUUCUACUUCCCACAAGAGGAUUAUUUGAAAGAACUGCAGGCUCUUCGAAAGACGUGGUCCUACAACAUCAUCCGCCCUAACGCAAUUGUUGGUUAUUCGCCGCAAGCAAAUGGAAUGUCUGAGCUGGUGACCGUUUGUAUCUACAUGCUGAUCUGCCGCGAACUGAAUCAAGCACCUAUCUUUCCUGGAAACGAGUAUUUCUGGAAUACCAUCGACGAUAACUCAUAUGCGCCUAGUCUUGCAGACCUCACAGUUUACGUUAUGUCCGAGGACCGUUGCAAAAAUGAGAUCUUCAACCACACCAAUGGCGAUGUCUUCGUAUGGAAGCAUAUCUGGAGUGACUUUGCGGCCUUUUUGGGGCUCGAGCCAAAUAAGGCACCGGAACCCGAAUUCGAGAAGGCUCGCGGCCAGGCCACAAUGCUGGCCAAUGAAGUCGACUUAAUUGAAUGGGCCAAGGACAAGCGCGAAGUGUGGGAACGAGUUGUGAAAAAGUAUGGAGGGAGUGUCUCUGCGUUUGAUUAUGGGACCUGGGGGUUCUUUAGCUGGGCAACCGGCAAGUCCUGGCUGACCAUUUCGUCUGUGAGCAAGGCGAGGAAGUUCGGCUGGAAGAGGUUCGACAACACGACGGAUACUUGGUUCGAAACCUACCAAGCUUUCGAAAACGCAGGAAUUCUCCCUUCACGAGCUGCUCUGUUGUCUUCAUCCAGUCAUCUCUGA